CUCCACGCUGUACGUCACUGAAGGCUGUGAUGGCGGAGGUGGACGGUAGCGACAUAAUGAUGACUUACCACGGUGAUUUCUCAAAAAACGAGAGAAAAAGCAGCCGCUACCCGUACUGCAUCGUCUGGACACCUAUUCCCAUUUUAUCGUGGGUGCUCCCCUUCAUUGGUCACAUGGGUAUCUGCACAUCUUCUGGAGUCAUACGGGAUUUUGCAGGAUCCUAUUUUGUCUCGGAGGACAACAUGGGGUUUGGUCGACCCACAAAGUUUUGGAAACUGGAUGUGGACAAGGUCUGUGGUAACGGUGCCGCCACGUGGGACCAAGCUGUGCACGACGCAUCUGAAGAAUACAAAUGCAGGCCGCAUAAUCUGUGCUUCGAUAACUGCCAUUCUCACGUUGCCAUGGCCUUAAAUCUGAUGCGAUACGACAACAGCUCCUCCUGGAACAUGGUGAACCUGUGUAUGCUGUCCUUCGUUCAUGGGAAACACGUGAGCUGGGCUGCUGUCCUCAAGACCUGGCUGCCCUUCGUCAUGCUCUGCGGAGUCCUCACCACCUUCAUCCUGACACUCAACCUUCAUUAGGACGGCGAGCGGCACGAGGAGACCGCUUCUGGUUACACUUUAUACACAACCACUGACGUGAAUGGUGUGCGUUUUGACGGGACUUUUGUUAGAACAACAAAUGCCAGACGAAGGAGUCCGGUGUGUUUUGUAAUCUAACGGAAAAACGUCAGGAGGAACAUCCCAUUUUUUUUCCUUUUAUCGUUUAUUUAUGUUGUAUUAUUUCAGUGAGACACACCACAAGCUCAACACAUCCUUCGUUUGCAAUAUAUCCAUCUGCACUUGAUGGGCUCUAUCAUUAAAUAUAACAAACCUCUCCAUAUGAUAUACCGCCACAGUGACGCUUAUUAGCUGUAUUUGUCCAGAACGGCAGUGAUGAAUGUAUUUCCAGACGCUUUUCUGUUUUUCUCAGUGAUGAAUCGCCACAAAACGGUUCGCAAAAAAUCUCAAUGCUGGUGAGCCCUCAUCAAUUAUUAGAGAUGAGCCGCUACCAAAUAAAAAAUGAGGGAAUACCUUUGUGUGAGAAAUUGUGAGUCCAUUUUCCUCUGCAGUGUAAAAAAAAUAAUAAAACGAGCUAAAUGCAUUUUUAUUAUUAUCAUUAUUAUUAUGUAUGGCUGGGCAGAAACUGAAUGCUUUCCAAUUGUUUCAGCCUCAAACUGAAACGUUACUGGACUUCAACACUACUGGACUGCAUUUUGUUUUUAAAACUAUGUAGUGAGAUGAUCAUUAUUUAUAGUUGUGCGUUUGUUUAAAUCUAUGGUUUUAUAGGUAAAAAGGAUUAUUUGUCUGUGGUGUACGCUGUGGGAACCCUUUCCUGUCCUCUGUACCUUUAAGGGAAUCUUUUUUUUAAUCCAGCAGUUACUGUGUGAWAUGAACAACCAUCGAUUUAUGGGAACCCUUAUUCCCCACAGUGGAGCAGAUGAGAAAGCUCUCUCAGUAUUUCACACUUUCUCUGUAUUAAAUUUGUCUGAUAGCAAAAAAAAAAAAAACAUUUUCUCUGCUCAUUAUUUUCCAGUUGGUUUGUUCGGGUUAAGGAUGUGCAUUUUUGCAUUGGGUGUGUUUUUGGGAGUUCUCCUAGUUUUCGUGCCCUGCCGGUGUUCGGGCUGUCCUCCUGGCUGUGAGUGUUUCGCGGUCACCCACACAGUAAAAUGCGUCUCCAGGUCUCUGCUCAGGGUGCCACAAAACAUCCCGGGACACGCCAGGACCGUCGUCGUCACCGGGAAUAAUAUUCACCAGAUCGGAGCCGAUUCGUUUGCAGAGCCUGAGAACAUCACUAACAUCAUUUUAAGCAAUAACAGGUGAGAAUGUCAGUGUCGUUUGUUUCUCAGUUAUGCAUAUGAAGCACGACUAACUUUGUUGAUGUAUACAUAAUAAACAAUUCAUGGCUUUAUCA